AUGUACUUCGAGCGUGCCGACGAAGCGUUCAUCGACCUCGCGAAGCGCAACCCGAAGGCGGUCAUGCCUGGGAAGCCUCCCAGCAGGGACGACAUCGGGAAGGCGCGAGGGCGGCCAGCGUCAGGAAUUAACCCGAAGACGGGGCGGCCAUACCGGAGGCGCAAGGACGGGCCCAAGACGCCGAAGAUGAUUCUGGACUCGGACAUCGACUCGGAGGACGAGGUGGAGAGCGACAUCGGCAGCGAGUAG